AGCACUUGGCACUUUGGCAGUAAAAACUAAUAACUAUUAACUUCAAUAGUAUAAAGUAUUUACUUGUAUGUAGUUAUUUUCUCAUUUCUCUUCUAAUUACAUUAGUUGACAGUGUCUCAGUUCUCAGUUUUAGAACCCAACACUACCUAUUUUUUUUUAUAAUAAUAUUAAUAAUGUUAAAUUGUUGUUAUCGGGUAGAUCUUCCCAAACCAAAGCAAAUGAAACUUCAAGCUACCAUCAGCAAAGAAAAAUUAGACAACUUACAUAAUAAGUGUAAAAAUAUUAUCACGAAUCAAACUAUUAAUGAUCUAAAGAAACUAUUUGAUGAAGGUGCUCUGAUUUCUAGAAUGUGCUGUAAAGUAAAAAAAAAAUUUCGCGGAGAGAAGCUUUUUAGACGCCUUAAACAAAUCACUGUUUCUAUAAAAAAACUCUAUCAACUAAACAUCUCUGAAGUUAUAUUAAAUUUACUCUCAACAUUUGAUAAUGGUAUGCCAACAAAACAAGCUUGUCAAUGGGUCGGUGCUCGUAUUUUAGCAGCUUUAAGUCUGAUCAAUCAGUUACAGCUAUUCAGUGAAGGAACAGCUCAAUUGAUAGUGAAAGUGUUCCAGAAUGGUCAAUGUUGGUUAGAAAUGAACCUUGCACUUGCUAUGGUUAGCAGAGUGUGGAUACUUACUAAAUCGUUACACAAAUCAUUUUCACGAUCCUAUGAAAAUUUUAGACCUUUAGUGAAUCAAUUAAAAAUUUCUGAAACUAAAUGGCUUCCAAAUUUUGAAUUACCUGAAUAUUUAAAUAAUAAUUUGUUAGAAAAUAGUCAAAGCGAUUCAAUCGAGGAGCUUGUGGAAAGACCCGGCUGUGUUAUGAGUCGUAAACCAGAACCAGAAGACCUAGUUAUAAAUAAAAUAAAGUCUAGAAAACGAAAUAGAUUGUCAGGAAAUAAACAUGCAAAUAAAAUUAAAAUUUUUAAAAAACAAAAAAUUAAUUAAUUAUACAUCUUAAAUAUUUUUUUUAUA